UCAUAGCCUCCUAAAAAGAACACUAUUGAUAAAGAACCUUUUUAUAUAUAUAAAAAGUAGGAAAUAUUUGUCUUUGAGAGGGCUAUUUAUUUAUGUCCAAUUGCUGCACUAUGUAAGACUGUUCAUAGCCUCCUAGUAAAUAUGUAGAACAAAUUGUUAUUAUUUUUAAAAAUACAGCACGCUCCAGUGAGAAAACUUUGGGUAUACAGACGAAUCUACAAACAGAACAGCAACUUAAACGCGACUAUGACAGCACCUGUCAAGAAACUCAACGCGCUUGUCAUAGGCGGUACUUCAGGUAUCGGACAAGGUAUCGCACUAGCGUUAGCAUCUCGUGGAUGUAAUGUCACUAUCGCAGGUCGAACACCUAAAGAUGUACUGCCGUUGCUAAAAGCUGCCGGAAAGGACGGCACACACGAGUUUAUUGCUGUCAAUGGAUUCGAUUUAAAAACACUGGACGAUCUGCCUGCACCUGAUCUGUUGGUAAUGACACACGGCAUGGCCACUACUCAGGGAUAUACCCCAACAGUCGACGGCAUUGACCAGAAAUUGCAGCUGCACUACUUCUCCCGGUUAUACAUCGCCCGAAAAUUAGCCCCUAAAAUGCCUGAAAAUGGGCGUAUCAUCACCGUUUUGUCGGCCGGAGUGCAUUCCCGGUAUCCAAAAUUUAAUGAAGACUUUACACUGGAGAAGAACUACAGUGUUACAAAUGCUGCCGAUGCAGCAGGGUUCUAUACCGAUGCCGGGUUUGAAAAAUUGGCGGACGAUUUCCCAAAUUUGGUGGUGUGUCAUGCGUCACCAGGAUUUGUCAGCACCAAUUGGGGUACCGAGAUGCCCUGGUAUGUUAAAGGACCCGUGCGUGUACUCCAGGUGUUCGGUAAGAGUCUGGAGAAGUGUGGGGAAAUAAUAACCAGUAGCUGGCUGGAUCUAUCGCCCGGAAAGUAUAAUACAAUCGAUCAGAAUGGCAAGCCGUGCAAGACUAAGGUGUUGCACACGCCAGCGGAGCGAGAAAUCAUCGUGAGCAAAACAGACGAGCUGCUAGGCUUGGCGUGAUUCAUUUUUCCGUAACACAUCACAACCUCGGCCUGAGCCCUCGCUCGCUUCCCGGUAUCAAUUCUCUCCUUAUGCAAUAAAUUAUAUAGCAUGACUGAGUACUUGUCUUUUCAAUACGUACAGGCAGCGUAAUGUGUGAGUGAAUGUCUUGCAUGAUCUUGUGAUUCUCACGCAACCAGACGUUAUCUCCAUAACUUUUACUCUAUACUAUUUUUAUGUAUAUAUCCACUAUUUGUUGCGCGAUAACGUGUUCUCAACUUCUCACUGUGCAGACCAUUGUACUUUUCAUUUUCCUAUUUUAAAAAAAAGACAGAUUUCACAAAUGCAACAUAGAUUUGUAAUCCUCACUCGAUUUGAUAGUAGGCUGAUGUUUUAAAGCUCUUCCACUGACUAUGGGUCGCAUACGAACGGCUAUUCACAAAUCUGGGGUGCAAACGAGACGGCUAUUUAGAUUUUUUUUAAAACGACUGUUCUUUUCGACUUAUGAGUAGAGACGCAU